GAUAUCAAAGAUGAAGCUGUUAAACCUGAGCUACGUGAACCAAAGCUGCCCAGACAAGAGCCCCUCAAAGAAGAGCAGCAGAAGCCUGUCUUGAAAGAAGAUAUCAAAGAUGAAGCUGUUAAACCUAAGCUACCUGAACCAAAGCCGCCCAAACAAGAACCCCUCAAAGAGAAGCAUGUUGAUAAAGCCACAGCUGCCUCUGAGGAAGCCAAAGCACCGGCGACAAAACCUAAACCCCCAAAAUCCCAAGAGGCAAAAGCAAAGGCCAGCAAAGCCCAGCCUAAAAAACAAGCUUCAGCUAAGAAGAAAGGUUCUGCAAAGGGCCCGAAUAAAAGCUAAGCCGAAAUGCUUUACCAAAUUAGUUUUUCUUUAUAUUAUUUCUAGAUCGGUUUGAUUGUGUUCUUAGACAAGUCUUGUUGUUGAUGAGUUUAAAGGCCAAUUCACACUGCACUGGCAGAUGUCAAUAAACAGCAACAGACACGUUUGGUCUGAUCAAUGUGUUACUCAUGUCAGCA